AUGGAUAAGAGAUGGAUGCAAGGAAAACCUAGGUUGUAUCCUGAUUAUAAAAGAGGUCUCCAAGAAUUUAUCAAGAUUAAGGUUAAAGAACACUUGCAAGAUUUUGGCAUAUACAAGAAUUACACCCUAUGGGUACACCAUGGUGAAGAUUAUGAAAUUGUCUCUGACGACGACGAUGUGGAUGAGGAAGAAAUACAAGGCGGUACAUCUAAUGGGGUUAGUGAACUUCUUGAAGAUGUGUGUAACAGAGCAACCAACAAUGAAUAUUCAGGUACACAAGACAGUUGUGAAAACAUAUAUAUGUUUGAUAGUCUCUUGAAGGAUACCUUCCAGUCGUUGUAUCCUAAUUGCAAGAACUUUUCAAAGUUAGAGUUUGUUAUGAGGUUGAUGCAUAUCAAGAUAAUGAAUCACAUGAAUAACAAGUCAUUUCAUAUGAUACUUGAUAUAAUUAGCGCGGCAUUGCCCGAAGGUGAGACACUACCAGAGACCUACUACGAGGCUAAGAAAUUAUUGAGGAUCCUUGGACUUGAUUAUAUAGUAAUUCAUGCAUGCAGAUAUGAUUGUGCACUUUUCUGGAAGGAAAAUGAGAACCUUGAAAACUGUCCCGAGUGUAAUGAGUCGAGAUAUGAAAUAUUGGAUAAAAUAUGGAAAGGGGAGAAAAAUAUGUUUAUGCAUCCAAAUUCUAAAAUUUUUCAAGAGCUCGACGAGAAUUAUAAGUGGUUUUCCAAAGAUUCACGUAAUGUCCGACUUGGAAUUGCAAGCGAUGGGUUUAUUCCAUCUAAUGACCUCAAUGGAAAACCACACAAUAUUUGUCCUGUAAUUUUUGUUCCGCAUAAUUUUCCACCUUGGAGAUGUAUGAAAGAGCACUUCAUAUUUUUCACUCUACUAAUACCAGGACCUAACCGUCCCGGGAAUGAUAUCGACGUUUAUCUAAGGCUGCUGAUAGAUGAAUUAAAAGAGUUAUGGGAAAUUGGUGUGGAGACUUUUGAUGCAGAUUCAAAGGAAGUAUUUCAGCUUCAUGCCGCAUUGUUAUGGACGAUUAAUGACUUCCCUGCAUAUGGAAACUUAUCUGGAUGGAGUACUCAUGGGUAUCUAGCUUGCGCUGUUUGUAAUAAAGAUACACGUUCGAUGUGGUUGAAGAAUGGACGGAAGAUAUGUUACAUGGGUCAUCGUCGUUUUUUGCCACGAACUCAUGCUUGGAGAGACAUAGGAAAACAUUUAUUUGAUGGAAAAACCGAAAAAAAGUCAAAGCCAGAGGAGUUGUCUGGAGAUGAUGUGUUAUUGUAUCUAGAAGUCGUCGAGCAGCAAGAUUUUGGGAAGGCACCAAAUACCAAAAAAAAGGAAACGUCAUGA